AAUGAUUUUAAGCGUGGUUUGUGCGUAUGUGGGGUUUGGAAGUGUCCUGUUGGGGAUAUCGAAGGGGAGAGUGUUUAAGAGAGAUGGGAUGGAGGUGGAUGAGCAGAGGUAUCAGGAUCAGGAUGUGGCGUCACUUGGAUACUGGGUGUGUCUCUUUGGAUUGUUUGUAGCAAGGAUGGAGAUAGGGGGAUCAGAGAUCAUGGGAACAAAGAGAAAUAUUGAGCAAUAUAUGAUAAUUUUAUGAACCAGCUGGUAUAGUUUUGAUAUGGCAGUGAAGUAUUUCACAGGGUUAAUCGACUCAUAUUUGGUGGCUCACCAUUCUUUCACUAUUUUCUCAAUGAUGGCAUGUUAUACAAAUGAAAACACAGUAUCUUUUGGGGCCACAGCUUUAAUGUUAAAUGAUAUCUGUCUUCUCUUCUUUGUAGCAAAACGUACGAUGGAGAGAAAUAAGAUUGGAGCUCAAGAAAAACUUUUUCAGAUUAACUUUACUUGUCUUACAUUCACGUUCUUUAUGAGUAGAGUUAUUGGUAAUUUCUGGCUUAUUUUCAAAUACUCGCUAAGCUCAGGGAGUAAUCCACUUUUAGUCGUAUUGAAUUCUCCGAUACUAAGCUUGGGUGUCACUACAUCGAUCAAACUCGUCAGCAAGUUCUGGAAGUAUCUUCCCGAAUGGGCAUCUGAUUCAAAGAAGAUAGAGCAAAGUAUGUGGUGGACAUAUCCAAGGAAAUUGUUCCAAGAGUAUAAGACAAAUGGCUCCUUCACAGAAACUAUGAACAGGCUGAUCUAUGCGAUUUCAGCUGUUCCUGUUAUUUUAUCAGCUUAUAAUUAUUUCGUAAUGUAAAAGCUACAAUGGUUUGUCUAUUUGCUUUG